GGCAGCUCAGAGCCAGGCCCAGGGUCACAGAGCCUGCUCACAUCCACAAUGGGGCCUGGAAAUACAACACUCCUAAGGAGACGUCUAAACACGCAGUGCUGCCUCACCCUUUGGGGGACGCUGCUGGCAACAAAAACAGCAUCAAAGAGAAAAGUUUCACAGACUUAAAAAGACAUAAACACAAAAACAAAAAGAUUGCUUCCCAAAGAAAAAACAUGCCAAUUGCCAACCAGCUUUCAGCCAGUCAUCACCAUCUUCUUCUCCCAGAGUUUACAGUCAACAGCACAGGGCCAAAGCUUAGAAUUACGCCAAGCAACCACAGUGCUGUGGUAAAGCACACUGCACAGACCUAUGUUUAUCUACAAAAGAGCAAAUCCACAUAUCCACAUAUCACCACUCCAGCAGAUGCCCGAAGAAAUGGCAGACUGGCCGCAGACAGACAGGCAGGCAGAUGGGAGGACAGACACACAAACAGGAAUGCAGACACACAAAUACAUGGCAGGCAUUCAAGUGCAAAGGUCGCUGAAUAUCACCAGGCUUUGGAAAAACACAGACAAGCCACAAAGCACUCUGGGAAAUCUGACAACAUUGGUAAGGAGCAGCAGGCUGUGAAAAAGCCCACCAGGGAUAUAAAAAAACAGCAUCAUCCCUCUGAAGUGAAGAAGAAUCCUGCAGCGUUGCACCAUAGAAAGGCUUUGUCCAAACAAGAGGCAGCUGUAAAGAAAGAUGAUGGCGGCUGGUGUCAGAGCUUUGGAGACCAGAACUUCCCAGACAGUGACCGCAGGAGGAUCAGGAUUAGUCGAGAUCUUCACCCUCUUCCCUGGCUCAGCGACGAUGACCUUCAGAAGAUGGAGCUCCUGGCAGGGGGUGAAGUGCUCAGUAAGACCAGGGUACCUGCACAUGGACAGGUGCUCCAAGUGGCGCUGGAUCCUCAUGCACACCAGCAGCAGCCAUCACCAAAGACGAGCUCACGUGAGAAUGGACCAGGUGACAGACGUCCACAGAGCCACAGUGAGCGCUGCCAGCAGGGGCACUGCUCCCUGAUCAAACGCACUGACGACUGGUUUGAAGUGUUCGCCUUCCACCUGGACAGGGUGCUAGGAAUCAACAGGAGUCUCCCUGCAGUGCUGAGGACUUUCCACAGUGACAUUUUACCCUAUCGAUACAUCAGUGGCACCCCCAGACCUGUAGUGUGGUGGGAUCCAGAUAUUCAGCACCUCACUGACAGAGACAAUGACCAGAACUCAGUGGUGCUCAGCUGGGCCCAGUACCAGGAGCUGCUGCAGGUCCACUGUGGGAGUGGAGCAGACUUGAGGUCAGCACCCUGUGUGGGAGUUGAGCACUCAGAGUGGAGCAGACUGGCGCUAUUUGAUUUCUUAUUACAGAUAAAUGACCGCCUGGACAGAUGCUGCUGUGGUUUCACACCUGAUCCAACAGAACUCUGUGUGGUAAACCUGCUGCACACUAAGUGUGGCAACAUCGAGGACCUGCGGCUAGUUCACAUCCUGGUAAGGAAGGCAGAUCCAUCCAAACUGGUGUUCAUAGACAACGCUGGCAGACCACAGCAGUCCACCAACAACCUAAACUUCAGAUUAGUUGAGGGCAUCAAUGAGUUUCCAGAGAGAGCAGUGUCAGUGCUCCAGUCGGGCUGUCUGGAGAGUCUUCUUCUACGCUCCCUUUACACCGACAGGGAAUUCUGGGACAGCCAAGGUGGGGCCAGCGGCCUCAGGCCUCUCCUCCACACAGUUGAGCACAGAGGGAAGAUUCUCCUCCAGCACAUCAGAGACAAGAGACUCAAGCUAAAGAGGGACCUGUGACUGAGCUGAUCUAAUCACCCUGAAGCACAUAAUUUGGGAUGAUAAGCUGAAUGCCAAAAUGGCAUUUUGUCAGUGUAAUCAAACAAGGGUCAUUCUGAGAGGAAAGAGGUUCUGAGUGAACAGGAGCUUUAAGAAUUUAAAUGGUUUAACGAAUCUGGUAGGCACGCUUGGCUAUCCUAAAAUCACUCUAUUGAUGGUGUGAUAUUGUAUUGUAAGUCCAACUGAAAUCACAAAAGUCAUCCCUUUACCAGACAGACAUGUGAAAAGGGAUUUUCAAACGUAUUAUUGAUAUCUUUAGAGUUAAAAAAAAAAAAGAUAGGAAAUGCUCCUUUAGCAUUAAGACACAAUGUAAAUCUUAGCUGUUGGAUAAAACUGACAGGCCAAGCACACACAGUGUACUGUUAACACAGCAAGGACUGAAAUAUGCAGAUGUAUACUAUAAGAUGCUAACUGGGCUGUGGCUGAUUUAUGAAUGAACUAUGGGGCCCACAGUUAAUGUUUGCUAAAAUUGGUGUGUCAGGCUGCUGUCACAUUGUUGUACAUUGUCAGCUACAUAC